AUGGGGAGAGGAGAUACUACGCAACAAGCUUAUGAUCCAUUACUGGGGACUUACAUACCGUGCCCCACCAAUACGCCGUCUACUGAGAUAUUAAAAAUCAUAGCCUGCAUCGGAGCAUCGGCAGCUCUGUGCGGCGCGGCGUGCGCGGCGUACCGGUACUACCGGUACGGUACAUGCAUGCAAACCUACGGCCGGGACAUGACGGCCUCGGCCGCCAAGGGUGACCCGGUUGUUGGCCGCGACAAGGAGAUCGAGCGUGUCGUACGCAUCCUCUCCCGCCGGACGAAGAACUGCGCCGUGCUUGUCGGCGCCGCCGGCGUCGGUAAGACUGCCAUCGCCGAGGGCCUCGCACAGCGCAUCGCGUCCGGGACGGUCCCCGCCUCGCUCGCCGGCGCGCGUGUCGUGGCGGUCGACCUCGCGGCCAUGGUGGCUGGGACCAGGUGGCGCGGCAUGUUUGAGGAACGCAUGAAGAAUAUGAUCAACCAUGCGGAAGCUGCGGACGGCAAGAUUAUUCUCUUCAUCGAUGAGAUGCACAUGCUGAUUGGGGCCGGUGACCCGGCAGGUAGCGGCGAUGCUGCAAACAUACUUAAGCCAGCGUUGGCCCGUGGCCGCAUCCGCUGCAUGGGAGCCACUACUCACGAGGAGUACCGCAAGCACGUCGAGAAAGACCCCGCGCUCGAGCGGCGGUUCCAGAAGGUGCACGUCCAAGAACCCAGCACGCACGCCACCAUUGCCAUCUUGAAGGGGAUCAAGGAGCGGUACCAAAACCACUAUGAUGUGGAAAUUCCAGACGAUACUAUUCAUGCUACCGUCCACCUUGCUGACCGCUACAUCACAGGUCGUCGGUUUCCCGAUAAGGCAAUUGAUCUAAUUGACGAGGCUUGCACCUCGAUAGAGGGAAAAGCAAAAAGAAUUGUUGGCCGGGAACAUAUUGUACAGGUUUUGAGCCAAUGGACUGGAAUUCCUAUGACUAAGCUUGAUCAAAAGGAGAAGGUCGGGUUAGUUAACUUAGCGGACAGAUUGCAUGAGCGGGUAAUUGGCCAGAAUGAGGCGGUCAAUUUGGUUGCUGAAGCAGUGUUACGUUCCAGGGCUGGUCUUGCUCAGCCUGGCCAACCGAUAGGAUCCUUCCUAUUCCUGGGCUCGACUGGUGUUGGAAAGACCGAACUCGCAAAAGCUCUCGCUGAGCAGCUGUUUGACAGUGAGAAGAGAUUGCUUCGGUUUGACAUGUCAGAGUACGUUUCUGCUAGUUCUGUAUCACGUCUCAUCGGAGCACCCCCAAGCUAUCAUGGUUACCACGAAGGUGGACAACUGACCGAGAAAGUAAGGACACACCCGUACAGUGUAAUCCUUUUCGAUGAAGUGGAGAAGGCAGAUCGCUCGGUGUUGAAUGUUUUUCUUCAGCUGCUCGGCGAUGGUGUUUUGACUGAUGGUAAAGGCCAAAAGGUAGAUUUCAAGAAUACAAUAAUUAUUAUGACCUCAAAUCUGGGAGCAGAACACCUAACAUCAGAAGUGGCCGGAGAUAAUACAGUCAAGUCUCAGCGAGACGUUGUCAUGAAACAGGUUCGGAAAUACUUCAAGCCUGAGCUUCUCAACAGACUAAGCGAUAUUGUUGUAUUUGAGCCACUUUCGCAUCACCAACUGAAAGAGGUUGUAAAAAUCCAGAUGAUCAGUGUCACUGCGAGAGUAGCUGACAAGGGCAUCUCUCUUGUUUUAAGUGAUGAUGUGCUGGACGUUAUAUUGUCGGAAUCAUACAAUCCGAUGUAUGGUGCAAGGCCCAUAGAGAGGUGGGUGGAAAAGAACAUCGUAACAGUUAUCUCGAAGAUGCUGGUCACGGAAGAAGCCACUGAAGGCUCAACAAUCUCGAUCUUUGCUGCUGACGACAGUAAGGGGUUGAAGUACCAAUUGAUGAACAAGAUGGAUAUGACAGAUAUGGUUUAA